UUUUUUUUAAACAUCAGAAAAACCGAUCAUUUUAACGGGGUGUACACUUUUUAUAUCCACUGUAAAUAAAUAAACAAACCACUAACUCCAGGUAUGAAUGCGCCAUUUUCUACACUCGUCUUUAAGAUUUCACCACAAGUCCUGUCACCUUAAACUUACUACUGCUCAAUAAGUUCUGCAGAUUCAAAAGCUUUAUUUUGUAUGAAAAUUUUAUUUCCUCACCUGCCUGGCAGGAGCUCGUUUCUCUGUCAGGACGCAUGUUUUAAAAAGGAAAAAAAUGUUUGUAAUCUUAGUUCGAAACUAGUUCUAAAGAGGACAUGCUGUUUAUUCAUGAGAGACUUGUUUUUAGUCAUCUCCUGUCAUUAAAGAUUAAAACAGGAAUCUAAUGUUAUUCUAGUGACUGACUGAUUGUGUUUCUCCAUAUUACAACCCAGUGACUGGAUGUUAAUUCUACAGAAGUUCGUCUCGGUCAGAUGGUUUACAUGCUUGUUUUUGACCGAUGUUAACCGAAAUGUGGUGUUUACAAUGGACCGCUGUAUUUUUAUUUUUUUUUUAAUUUUUUUGCAUGAAUUGUGUUUCAAAAGGAUGAAUGGAAAUACCUUAACUUGGGAAAAGAUCUGGGGCGUAUGAUUGCACGACUACUACAAGUACUUCACCUUUCAUCCUGCAUCACAACCACCAGGAGGAGAGAAAGAAAGACAGACAGGGAGGGAGAGAGAGUAAGAGAGGAAGCAGAGCUGCAGAGAGAGACGAGGGUUUAGACAGGAGAGAUGUGCAUCAGGAUAACAAACGGUGAUAAAUCUGUCGUUUAAUCAACUUUGCUAAGUUUCGUCCAAAAGCAGGAGAGCAGGCUCGUGUUGAAGCUCCGGCUGGUGCCAGGCAGCGACGCAGGAGUGAGCUAGAGGGGUAUUCAGCUACUCUCGCUUCCCUCAAGCUCUCACCCAUGUACCCGGAGGAGGAGCAGCGCACAGCGGGAGGCAUGUCCUCCACCGUUCACUACCUAGACGGGACGUUCGACUACACCACCACUACCACCGCCGCCACCACCAACACCAACCCCGAUGCCUCAAACUCAUCAGUGGACUACUACUCAGCGGCCCCAGAUCUUCAAGUUGCCCCAGAGCCUCAGGAUGAAAACCUGCAGCCCCUGGCUAACGGCUCCACCAGCCCCCUGGUGUUCGUUCCUUCGAGCCCGCAAGUCUCGCUGUUCCUCGGCCAUCCUCCUCCAGGACAGCACACGGCUCAACAGGUCCCGUACUACCUGGAAUCAUCAGGAACCUCCAUUUACAGGUCCAGUAUCUUUGCCAGUGCAGGGUCACGAGUGGAGCUUUGUAGCGCCACCGGCAGGCAGGAUGUCUACACUGCAGUGGGGGCCUCGGGACCGUCAGGGACUUCGGGGACUUCAGGAUCAAUCGGAUUGGUGAAGGAGAUCCGAUACUGCGCAGUGUGCAGUGAUUAUGCCUCAGGAUACCACUAUGGAGUCUGGUCCUGUGAGGGCUGUAAGGCCUUCUUCAAGCGCAGUAUACAGGGUCACAAUGAUUACGUGUGUCCAGCAACCAACCAGUGCACCAUCGACAGGAAUCGCAGGAAGAGCUGCCAAGCAUGUCGCCUACGUAAAUGCUACGAAGUAGGCAUGAUGAAAGGAGGUUUUCGUAAGGAGCGUGGCGGUCGCAUCAUGAAGCACAACAGAAGGCACAGUGGGCUGAAGGAGCGGGAGCGAGGUUAUAGUGAAGCCCAGAGUGGUUCUGAUGCGAGAGAAGCACCUCCACAGGAUGAGCAGAGCAGCUCAGGGACCGCGGGCGGGGUAGCGGGCGUGGUGUGCAUGGCUCCGGAACAACUGUUGCUGCUGUUGUUGAGGGCGGAGCCGCCCACUCUGUGCUCGCGGCAGAAACACAGCCGACCCUAUAGCGAGCUCACCAUGAUGAGUCUGCUCACCAACAUGGCCGACAGGGAGCUCGUUCACAUGAUCGCCUGGGCCAAGAAAGUGCCUGGGUUCCAGAAUCUCUCUCUGCAUGACCAGGUGCAGCUUUUGGAAAGCUCCUGGCUGGAGAUUUUGAUGAUUGGUCUCAUCUGGAGGUCCAUCCACUCACCUGGAAAACUCAUCUUUGCACAGGACCUCAUCCUUGACAGGAGUGAAGGAGAGUGUGUGGAGGGCAUGGCUGAGAUAUUUGAUAUGCUUCUGGCCACCGUGGCCCGUUUCCGCGCCCUCAAACUCAAGUCCGAGGAGUUCGUGUGUCUCAAAGCCAUCAUACUGCUGAACUCGGGUGUGUUUUCGUUCUGCUCCUCCCCCGUCGAACCCCUGAGGGAUGGCUUCAUGGUGCAGUGCAUGAUGGAUAACAUCACGGAUGCCCUCAUACACUACAUCAGCCAAUCAGGAAUCUCGGUGCAGCUCCAGUCCCGGCGUCAAGCCCAGCUCCUGCUUUUGCUCUCGCACAUCAGACACAUGAGCUAUAAAGGGAUGGAGCACCUCUACAGCAUGAAGUGCAAGAACAAAGUUCCUUUGUAUGAUCUGCUGUUGGAGAUGUUGGAUGCACAUAGGCUUCGCCCUCUGAGCAAAGUGCCAAGGAACUGGGCUGACAGAGUGUCGUCUUUACCUACUACAAUCACCACCACCACAACUACCAACACCACCACCCACCACCACAAUCACCAUAGCUGCGUCUCUGUAUGUCCUGCAGACGAACAGUCCAACCCGCCGCAUCCUGACCAAAGACCAAGCCCAUGAAAGAAGCAUGGUUGUUUUCAAGGUUGGAGCUCAAUUCAAUCAGGUCCUCUUAAUGGGAAUGUGUCCAAAGUGAUGAUUUUCACUGACUUGGUUUCUUGCAACUUGACCACCGUUCUUCAUUGGGUUUCAACUUGACCCCCUUCAUGGAUUGGGAUGAUGAAAGUUUGACAUAAUGCUACGACAUGUGCAAACCCCCCCACCCCCAAAUUCUUUAAAGACCUACAAAGAGCAGCUUGUUCAAGUUAACUGGAAUUAAAUCGCACCAGAGUUCUAUGGAAAGGAAAAAGGAAGUGGGUCCCAGCUGUUCCUUCAAGAGCAACCCAUUGAAAUGGACUCGAUAGUAAUAAAAUAAGUCACUGCAAAAUCUCCAAGACCCUUACGAUCCAUUAUAGAAAGGUAGAAUUGAACUAAUUGAGUAUCUGGAAAAUCCUAUGAGGUCAAAUGUAAGUGAUAAAAAUUUGUUGUAAUAGUGACAAUGUACACAAUGAGUCAGCGAAUUAUAUACACGGGGAAAGUUCUUUGUAUUCGGUUCUUUGGAUGCACAGUUUAUACAAGUUUCGAGUUGUAUAUAAGCCAUGUACGACCAGAUUGAGUGGAAUAACCGUUUUAUUCUAUCCACAUUCACUGGAUUUUGAGAAACGGAGCAUUUAAAAAAAAAAAUAUUUUUGUUGCAAAAUCCAUCAAUAAAAACUUUAUACAAAACGUCUGACAAAAUCAUUUCCGCUUAGAACGUAAACAAACCGGCGAAAUGACAAUAAUUCUCGAAAAUAAAAUGCAUUCUUACCAUCAAAUACUUUCAUUCCAUAUUUUGUUGCUUUUUUUUUAGGGGGGGUUGUUUUUGAGUAGAGUUUUUAUUUCAUACUUGGUUAGUUCAACAACAUGCGCCACCAUUUUCUUCUUCUUUAGGGUUUUUUGGCGGUUGGCAAACCAACUUAAAGGUGCAUUACCGCCACCGACUGGGCUGGAGUGUGGAACAGGACAUAUUGGGGAGAAAAAAACAACUAUAUUCUUUUAGCUAUUUCUGUUUCUUUUAAAUACUUGAUUUUUUGAGGUUUUGUUUUCGAAUAGUUUUUAUUUCAUCCUCGGUUGGUUCAGCAACACGCUCCGCCAUUUUGUUUUUCCCUACUCAUGGUAUAUGAGCCGAUAUCCUAGUAGUAGAGGAGCCAAUCAGAGCGCGUGAAUGCUCAUAUCCAGUGAAUGUGGAUGGAAUCGGCAAGAUUAUACAAGUCACCUAUGUGUAAUUUGUGCCUUGGCCAGAUUUUUCUUGAGUAGUAGCAUUAAGCAGGUUUUUUUCCUUAUCAACGGAUAUCAAACGGAAUACGAUGUAAUGUAACAUAAAAGCAAGAGAUGAUUCAAAAACGAUGGAAAACAUUUAAAUAAAUCUAAAGGUGAUGGUACCCGGGGCAAUUUUUUUGGACAAUGUUGCCGACAAUUGGCAACAACCAAUCAGAUAAGAGCAACUCGCAAAAAAAAAAAUUAUGAGCUGCCCACAUGAGAGCUAACGUUAUCCCUACAUAGCUAGCGUUAACUUUCAGCUAACUAUGUUAGCAAAAACCCAAUGGUUAGUUAGCUAAAUCCCAUUCAAUCUCUAUGGAGUGGUGGUUAGCUAACAGCAGUUUAUACUUAGCUGAAAAAAAAAAUUGAUAUCUUAAUUCCAACCUGAGCACAUCUUACCAACAUAAAAAGAUACAAGUCGUCUCUCUUUUUCUUCGCUCCACCGCCGGAGACACCGCCAUCUUUGUUGAAAAUUUCAGAAGCUCUCGGGUGGUCGUGUGACUUGCUGCUAGCUCUCUGAUUGGAUGAUCUUAAAAAGUUGCCCAAAACGAUCAAAAUCGAAUAGAAAUCAUGUUGCCCGAUCUCAAUGGAAAAGUGUCGAAGCGGAGUUGCCCGGCAAAAAAGUUGCCCCGUGGAUCAUCACCUUAACAGUUGGAUCAUAUCGUAUCGUAUCGUGUAUUGCUGCAUGAACGAAUAGUCCUAACUGUACGGUAAUUAUCAAAUUAAUCACUGUAAAAUUGGUUUAAUUGAACAAAAUGGCUUCCACAUUCAUUAUUCAGCAGCUUAUAAAAUAGCACUUGAUCCAGCACACCUUGUUUAUUUCCAUGUGCGUUUUCUUCUUUUAUAUCUUGCGCACAAAUUAACGAAGGCACAAGACACUAAACGGAGCUCAUCAAAUCGUAAUACAUGUGCGAGAUCGAGGCUAUGAGAUCAUAGUUUUUAAUUCUACAGUAUUUUCAGUUGUUGGAUUAAUAAAAUAAUCAAUAUUUUUGCUCUCCUGUAAAGAAAUCCUGAAGGAUAAGCUGACCUAGCAUUCCUCUGCUACACUUGUCGAAUUGUUGCUUGUAAUUUUAUCCGUAAUAAUUUGGUCCGGAGCUAAGCGAUGUCCGUGGUUAAGAUGCGUCUCCUGUGAUCUCCUCUGUGCGUAAAAAAGAUUUGAAAAGGAUGAUGCGAUCAAUUAUUAUAACGUAAAUGUCGGUGUGACAUUUUGUAGUUACAUUAAACUAGACUUAUUACUGCUCCUCGCUUGAGUCCAGGUCAGAAUUCCGACUCUCUGAGACGCGCCUCAGUUUUACUCAAACACCACUUGCGGCAUUUGUACGUCAAUCAAUCAAUCAUGGGGAGUAGAAAUGAUUUAGAAAGCAUCUUUGUUUACCAGCUUUUUAAAAAAAAUUGUUUAUGUUCACUCUAUUACAGACUUACCAGUCAGGGGGAAAAAAAAAAAAAAACCCGCUGUGGGUUUUUAAUUAAUGCAUUGUCGUCUUUGGGCCCUUCGUUUCUUCCUCAAGUGUCACAAUGGACUAUAUUUCUUUUCCUUCCCUUUGUAUCAUUACUGUCUUCAGUGACGUGUUUGCAGCAGCAUUUUGCCACACUUUUUUUGCGACACCAAAUUAUUAUUAUUUUUUUUAAAUAUGAACUAUGGUUUCACCAGGAACCUGACUCAUGAAAAUUAGAUUGGACCCCUUCAAGUGCUCUCCUUACUUCUGAGCGAAGGACAUUUUAAAAAUACUCCUUCAGAUGCCUCCUCCUCCAGGACACUACACGGGCCUAAAGCCACUCGGAUUGCCCGAAGCUUGAAAACGAACCCGUGCGAUUAGACGGAUGCUGUAUCGUAUACGAGUCGUGCACUAAAAACAGUACAGUGGAAAAAUAAUCGACUCUGAAAACUGCUGAUGAACGUAUGUCCUUUCUAAUCAGCAACUUGAUAAAUAGAAAUCUUUACUAGAUCUGUUAUGUGAAACUGAAUUAAUCAGGGAUCCAGAAUGAAUUCAGGCAUGAUUCAGAGAGAAACUUAAUUCUGCAGUCGGGUGAGUACCUUGUCUUUAGUAAAUGUGUUAAUUCCAAGUAAUUUCUGAUGCAUUCUGGAUGUUGCAUUUUAUGUAGUAACUUGUGUUUAAAAAAAACCCGACCAGGUUUGUAUAGAAGGACUUGGUGCAAAAUGAGCCUUUAUAGAAAUAUGAGUAAUUUAAUUCAGUACACUAAACUGGUUUAAUUCUAUUGCACUCUGAUU